UCCUCUUUGGUCUCGUCUGACUUGCUGUGACGUGUGGGCCCGCCAUGGCGAAGACCGCGCGCAGAUGCAGCGCGCGCAGCCAUCGUUUCCGCUGGCCUUUGCGUGCUGUGUGCGUUGGGCUCUCGGCAUCCGUUUUCCACUUUUGUUGCUUUACUUUGCCCCGCGCCACUUACCGGGUGGGCAGCGGCGCUACAAGUGAGCGCCGAGUGAUGCGCACCGCUCAGCGCAAUUGGGUGGACGAGUUCCAAGACUUCCGCGACAGUGGUUACGACGUGGCCAAGCUGAUGCUGAAGAAAGCCCAGGAGAAAGGCAAAGGAGACAGACUGCUCCAGGCAUCGCGCACCCUCUCGCAAGAUGACAACAACGCAGCAGGGGCGGCUCUCCAUGCUAUCCGUGAUCUUCUGGGGUCUCAGGAGGGUAUUCUGCAGCGAGAGCUCACCGGACUUCGAACUCAACUGAGUGCAUUGGACACUCGCUUCUCCCAGGUGCAAGAGAGGCUACAAGAGUCUGAGGAGCGUGAAGGUUUGUUGGGAAAGCGCCUUACAGCGGCCUUGAAGCAAGAGCGUGAGCUGAAGUUCGCGCUGGAAACAGCUCGACAGCAGUAUGAGAGUGUCUCAGAGGAGUUGGAAGGUUUGCAAGAUUCGGAGACUCAACUGAAGCGCCAAGUGCAAGAGCUCAUGGAACGAGAGAAAGACCUGAAGAAUGCCGACGUAGUCCGACCCAAAGACUUGGAGGAGAUGGAAGCAUUGAGGAAGGAGCGUGAUCAGCUCAUGAUGCGUUUGCAACAGUUAGAGAAGGACGAGAAGGCCUAUGGCCGCGAGCUGGCAGAGUCCCAAAAGCGUGAGGCGGCCUUGCAGCAAGCCCUUGACAACUCCACUGAACAGAUGGCCGAGCUCAUCACCGCGCUGACCGAGUCGAGAGCGCGGGAAGCUGAGCUUCAGGGCCAACUGUCAGCUGCCUUAGAACGAGAGCAGGCCCUUUCAGUCGACUUGCAGGAGUCCCAGCAGCGGGAGCAGCAACUGACAAAAGAGCUGGAGGACCAGGCUCAGCGCCUGGCCGAUGCGCUCAGUGCCCAGGAACAGCUGGCAGAGCGUUUGGACGAGACUCUGCGGAAGGCAACAACUGUUGCAGCAGACUUGACCGCUUCACGGAAGCACGAGGUGGCCCUCAUGAAGGAUCUCAAAGAAUCGCUCGCUGCCUCAGCACUACCGAGCAGGCGUAGAAAUCGCAGAAAAUUGUUUUUCCCUAUUUUGUUCAUUUGUGUGAAAAGGUGCAAAGAUUGAAUGCUUUGGCCGUAAAGAGAAAGAUGUUCACCUCUGCCAUAUACUUGGCCUCCCGUUCAAGCUAGACUAUCCGAAGGUUUUUCUGCUUCAAGGUGUUCCGCUUUUGUUUGUUCACUAUUAGGUUGGAGGCCAUCGCUAGUAGGUUGGAGGCCAUUGCUAUUAGAAAGAAAGAUAAAAGAAAAGGAUGAAAGGUCUCAUCUAGUUUGCAAUUAAAUUAGGACGAAAGGUCUCGUCUAGUAGCAUGCCAAAGGUCUCUUGUGCAACAUUUGAUGACUUUGAUUGUUGUGACGAUCCUGAAAUCUUGAAGUGAUGCCACCCUGCUGCUGUCGAAGUGGUAAAAGUGUCUUUUCCUGCGGGUUCUUUGCUGCUUUUACCUGCCUGGAAUCAUCCGUAUGCUCCCUCCCUACUUUUUCUGCCGUCCUCCUGACCCGACAGGACAAAUGUUUUUCUUUUCGUUUUUUCCCGGUCUUACCAGUAGGACAUAAAUCUGCAAGGCGUUCGUCCUUUGAGCUGUUGCAUGUGAG